UCUCUUAUUCAGAUGCCUCUCAAAUCCGUUUUGGAGUCCGAAUAUGAAUGAAUGUUCACAUAUGUAUAUAUAUAUAUAUAUAUCUAUAUGUAUGUAUGUAUGCAUCAUCGUUCUUCUUGUGUUUCUCAGUGGAAUUAAGAUCAUCAGCUAGCUUAGAUGGACACUGCAAGUGCAAGAGAAGAGCAACGGCGUCAAGAACUAGAGAAGCUUCUCCGGCAAUGGAGUCCCCCGGAGGUUCCUGUUCACAGCAUUUACCCUAGAAAGAGUUUCUUCAGCUUCCGGCGAGAUCCAGACUACGAGAUCCAUAAACUCAAGAAGACGGUGCCGAUCCGCGGUGAAUACGUCGAGCUCCACUUACUCGACACGCAAGCCGUUCGGCAUCACAUGAUCAAGUACGGGUACCUCCAUUUCGGCCUGGUCCAAGUCGCCGUGAAGCCUCUCACCGCUGCCGGCUUGGACUGCUCUGUUCUUGUCUGCCUCCGCGACUGUCGCUUCCUCAAGUUUCACCAGUCCCUUCUGGCGGCGGCUCAAGCUUCUCUCCGCCACGGACCCAUUUAUUUUGACUGCUAUCCAAGCUAUCCGGUGUCGCUUUCGGACGCCGCGAAGCCCAGGACUUGGGCUCUCAGCAUCAAAAUUGAGAGUUCCCGGAAUGUUGAGCUGAGUUCAUCGGAAAUAGCCGUCGAGUACAGGGUUUACUACCGAGUAAGCAGCUUCCCUUUUUACGGCUCAAAGAAGUCUCUCUCCAUCGAGGAAACCACUUUCAUCGAGACCAAUCUGGUGUGCGGGGGUAGAGCCGCGGCCCUUCCGAGGACUAUCCCGUUGGAUUCGUUUGAAGUGCCGGAAAGAUGGAUGGACAGAACCUAGCCCACCAAUAAUGGCGACGGAAAUUAAAGAUGCAUCGAUCAUGAGUGCUGGAUCCUUAAUUAAUUUGUAGUCUUUCCAGUAUAUAUAUAUAUAUAUAUAUGUAAUCUCUGGCCUUCUAUAUAUCUUCAACAGCUUUUCUCUGUGU